CCAAGUUCGGGGCCGUUAGGAAGUGGACGCACUGGUGCUCUGUAAGAGGUAGGAGUUUGUGGAUGAAUGCCUUUCGAUAAGAACAGCUAGGGCAUCAUGCCGUGAGUGAAAUAAAUUCUGCGCACUAUCCGGGAAAGUAUCCCGCGUCUGAAGACUGUUUGAGCUGAAUCUAGUCUUGCGGAAAAAUUAUUUUUCACUCUCUCGAUGAUGAAGUGAUUCAUGGCUCAUCAUGAGCUGGUUUUCGAGUGCGAAUUUGACCGAGCUUGCGAAGAGUGCCCUCAAGGAAGCACAGAAGACAAUUGACAAGGCGUUGGAUAUCCCCGAUGAAUCCCCUGAGAAAGUCGACGCUACAGCGGAAAGUAUCAGAGAUGUCAAGAGUGACGACGAAGUUGAGGGAGAUUCGAAAAGUGACCAGUCGUUGGAUGCAUCAAAGGUGGCAUCUUCGCUAUGGGGAUCGUUCUCGGGAUCAUUUUUCGAUGCGAAAUCGAAGGACGUUCCUAAAUCGGAACAAGGCAACGAAUCAUGGAAGUGGAACUGGGCUAGUGCUACCAGCGGAUCAAGGUCUGCGACUCCCGAACCACGCAAAAGUUCCAGUGAAGGCGAACGAGAAGAGCAGGGAAACGAAGAUAUCUCGGAGCAGACCUCGAAAAACGACGAGACAAUCGCAGAUCUCGAUGCAACCAUAGAAGCCAGUUUCGAUGGAUCAGUGUUAGCUGUAGUUGAACACCAAGAGUGUGAUGAAGAUCAUCGAUCCAAUGCCUCUGACGUCGCUACGCCUGUGCCUUCGAUUACUGUGUUUGAGCCCUUGCAUGUAGUCAUCCCAGACGACUCGGUUCGUAUCGUUGAUUUUCCUGUGGAGUUGGCAGAGUCGCAAAGUGAAGAAGCGGAUUCGUCGGGAAACCAGGGAGCAUUGGAAUCCGGAGAAGCAAUCGCGGUCCAGGAUGACUCCAGCAUGCACAGUUCCUCUGGCGACAGCAACUUGACGCUUCUCGGAAUGAACACAUCUGCUUUCGACGAAACCUCGUUCGCGGAAUUUUCUCAAUCUGGAAGCUUUCCAGGUGCGUCUCAGUCAGAGUCGCAGCAUCACGUCGUGGAAGACCAUUUCGCCGCUGUGAUCGACGAUUGUAGGAAAGGUGACGGCUCCUCGAGCAGUUCGGUGGAUUCUUUCGUUCGUUGUGAUCAUCUCUUCAAUUUAGCAAAGAACAAGGAUACCUGCAGUAUUUCGGAUCGUUCCGAGAAACUCGCGCAAAGUAUUGGACAGCUUUCUACCGAUGAUGGUGAUAUGUGUACAUCUUCUGACAUUGAGAUAAUAAGCAGUCCGAACGGAGACCAUUCGAAUGGAAGCGAAGCUGGCUCGUCCAAGUUUCUGUCUUCGGCGCAGCAUUCCCAUGCCGAACCUGCUUUUUCGGUUUACUCUCCUUCUGGUCGACGUGGCUCGAGGAGCAGUUCCAUUUCGCUCAUAUCCGAUUGCCACUCUCCUCCAGUUGCUUCCGGACUAGUCACGAGCAGUGCAUGUACUGCUCCUUUGAAACCGCAUCCCAUUCCUCAAAGUUUCACCAAGGCUGGAAGCCAUGAAGGUCAUCAGCGUCAAUCAUCCGAUGCAUCGUCAAGCAUCUGUUCCGUCCCAGACAGCAGCUCCGGUAAUGGUGUUGAGGUAGAGAAUCUGUUGAAGAGGAUAGUGGAUUUAAACGCUCUGUUGGAGCUGAAAGACGCCAAACUGGUGGAAUAUUCUUUAGCGAAUGCAGCUCUCAUGGAGGCGAAUUCGAAUUUGCAAAGUGCGGUUGCGGCUGAAAAAGAAGGAGCGAGUCACCGAGAGCAAGAAAAGUCUACUUGUACUGUGGAUCUCAAAAAGCAGAUUGCAUCCUUGGAAGGGAAACUGGAGGCAAUGACCAAAUCUAGAGAAAAGGCUGAGGCAAAUUAUGAGGCGAGUUUCGGAUACCUGGAGGGAAAGAAGUCACUGAAGCAGCUCGCAGAGGAACUCCGGGAAAAGGAUGAGAUUAUUUUCGACCUGCGUCGUGAGGGGGAAGAUCUGUCCAAACAGCGGCUCAAACUCGAAUUGGUCAUUAAAAACUUGAGAGCUAAAGAUAAAGAUAGUACGGCGUCCGUGAUCAAAUUGAGGUCCGAAGUUGAAGACUCGAAAAAGAAAAGGGAAAGUUUGGAAGAAAAGUUGAAAUCUACUUCUAAACAAGUAGAAGACCUGAAAGCGUCGCUGGAUGAAAACUUGGACGUUCGUCGUGAACAUGAACAUUUGUUGGUUAAGCUUAAUUCCGAAUUGGAAGACCUCAGAUUCAACUACGAUUCUACAAGAACUGCUCUCGAAGGCGCAUAUAAAACAAUGGAACAAAGUCGUCAAGAGUUGCAGGAGAAAAAGGCCGAGCUUUUGUGCACGCAAGAAGCCAGAAGCGACGAAACGAAACGGCUGAAAGACUUUGAGGAAGAGCGAAACUUUUACGAAACCCAAGUUACCAACUUGAAGGACCAGGUGGAACUGCUCCGAAUUUCUCUCGACAGUGAACGGGGAGCUCUUGAAUUGCGUGAAAUCGAAUUGAAGAGUGAGUUGAAGGAGUUGCAAGAACGACUGCGGAAAGAGGAAAGUCGAUGUGAGGCGUUGAGUGCGGAGAUGGGCACAGUCACAGAACCCUUGCUGGCUCAGAUCGAAGCUCUUCAAGCCUCAAUGUCGUCACAACGGUGCAUGUAUGAAGCGGCUGAAGCCGCUCUUUCUGCCCAAAAUUCCGCCACAUUCUCAUCACAAGUGGCGUCUGUUCACGAAAAUGGCGGGAUUCAUAAACAAUCAAUGGCAGCAGCCCUCGUAAUUAAUGCCAUGCCGAUUUCAAGAAUUCUGAAGGAAAUGCUUGGCUACACCAAGAAAUCUGCGAGGCUGCGGAAGGAUAUUGCGGAGAAAUUCACGAUUGCGGAAGAAUUCCGAUCUAAAAUGGAGUCCGCCAUUGAAGACCUGAAGAGUGAGAGGACGCAAAAUUUGAAGAUGUGUGGAGAAAUGCGCAAAGAAUUGGUCGCCUUGGAAAAGGAGAAGACUAAUCUUGAGCAUGAGUUGGACAUCGAACGAUCAACUCUGCAGGCAGAAAAGCGGAAAGCUGCGGGAUUGCAAGAAAACCUGUCGGCCUUGCAGCAAAUGCAUUCGACCCCACGAAUGGAAGCCCUGCAUCACCACAUGUCUUGGUCUUCGGACCGAUCUAGAGACGAUUCUGCCGACGAAUCCUGUGACAUCCCCGCUGCAGACGGCAGUCCGAAUGAAACUCUGGGCAGGUCUUCUCCCACACCCUCACUGGCAAGGCUCUCGUUUGCCGAUUCCAGUUUUGUUCCUGGCCAGUGGAAUACGUCCGACGAUGCUUUCGACAGUGCGAGCAGAGUGGGAUUUGAUCCUGCGCAAGCGAGUGUGACUUCGGUGGUUGAAAUCCUUCAGUCGCAGCUGUCCAGGCGAGAAGGCGAAGUGUUGCAGCUGCAAAGGGAAGUGGAACGUUGGAAGCAGCAAAGAUCCUGUUUGUCGGACGAAAUAACGCGCUUGUCGUCGGAAAAUGAGGAAUUCAAAACGGAACUGUCUUCGUUGGGGACUUUGCGAGGUGCGUUUGCGGAUUUGCAGCGUGAGCACAACGCCAUUCUGCAAAUGUACGGCGAGAAGGUCGAGGAAGCGGACGAGCUCCGAAUGGACAUCACGGACAUGAAGGAGAUGUUCAAGAACCAGAUCGAGGAGUUGCUUCGGAAGUCCUCCUGACGUCACCAGAAAAACGUGAGGCUGUGAAUCACGCGGUUGGGAACGUAGAACUAAAGAGAACACGCCAUGUGCAAAAUGGCGCACCGGGGUUUGUUUCUUUUUGUUGUUGUUGUGAUGAUGGCACUGGUUGUUUUUGGCGAUUUCAUUAUUGGCACCGUUCUUUGUUCCAAGCCGAAACAUUUCCUACUUCUCUCAUCGGAUUUUCUAUGGAAGUCCUUCAUAUUUCUUCUUUUUUUCCGGUGUCCGGCGUUGAAGUCGUCCCAGUGAUUUCGAUUCGCGUCUCUUUUUUUUUUUCCGUCGUCGGCGGAAGCUCAAGUGUUAUUGAGUGAGGGAAUUCAUUGCCAAUUGAAAAGUGAAGGUUACUGGGAAAUUUUUGUCGCUUUUUUUGUUCGUUGAGUUAUCAUAUUUGAACGUGCGAUUCGUUUUGUGAGCUUUUGACAGUUUCAGUUGAUAACCGCUGCUGCGCAGAGUGAAUUAUAUUUUUUGAGCGUCAGUUGAAGUGAUACGUUGUGGGUUAUUGAGCAUCGCACUUCGCAAAAAUUGGAAAUGCAGUCUAUUUUUCACGAA